GAAGAUAAUCCAUAGUCUUUACCUUUACUUGUAUGUGCCUGUAUGCAUGCCUUGCUUUUAAUUGGUAAGAGAAACGAAGCUAUUUCCGGUUCCGUUUUCGUCUUCUGAUUGGCUGAGAGUCGUUAACGAGGCUGGAUUGGCUGGAAUCCUUUGAACCAGGAAGCGAAUGUACGAGUGGGUGACAAGUAACCAGUUUUCAAACCAGAUUUUGUCGCUUCAAUGGAGCCUCCCCUGUUCCCCCGAGAGUCUGGCCAGUUUGUAGCAAAGCAAAGUCAGUACGUGUCUGUGGAGGAAGAAGGUGUGCGGAAGGUGGCAGAGAUGCUCUACUCUCUACGGGGUAGUGAUGAGCUGAGCGCCAGUGGCUGGAAGACGGCUAACCCCUUGGCCCCAUCGCCCACCUCUGACCAGGCUUUCAACUGGGUGUUCGUGGUUGACACCAUGAACUUCUCCUUCUGGCCCGAUGAGGAAACACGGCAGUGUGAGGUGACCUUCCGAGGGACAACAUACACGGGCUACAUGACCUUAUGUGCCGCCAUCACCAGAGCCAUGGAGGAAGGGGUGCCCAUUACCGACCCCAGAUUUUUCUCCCAGAUAUCCGUGGAGGAGCUGGCGCACAUCCUUCGGUCUGACAACGAAACGCCAAUGCCCAUGCUUCAGGAGCGCCAUCAGGUGCUGACUGAAGGCGGCCGCGUGCUGUUGCAACAUGGCGGAAGCUUCCAGAAUUUCAUCAGCCGGGCCAAAAAUGACGCCCGCAAGAUGGUGGAGCUCGUAGUGGAGAAGAUUCCCUCCUACAGAGACGAAGCUGUUUACCAGGGGAGGAAAAUCUCAUUGUACAAGAGGGCUCAGAUCCUGGUGGCAGAUUUCUGGGCCAUUGCGGCAGCCAGAGGCGAGACCGACAUCGUCAACAUAGACUGGCUCACCAUGUUCGCUGACUACCGGGUCCCACAGGCCCUCGUCUACCUGGGCGCGCUGCGAUACUCGGACGCCCUGAUGCGCACGCUCAAGAGUGGCCAGCUGUUGCACUCAGGUGACCCCCGGGAGGUGGAGAUCCGGGCGUGCUCCAUUUGGGCGGUGGAGCGCAUUAAGGCGCGCUUGGACGAGCUGGCGCGGGAACAAGGCGCUGAGAGCAGUGGCAUCAACUCGGUGCUCAUCGAUUUCUACCUGUGGCCAUACGCCAAGCAGCACCACCGAGAGAUGGCCCACAUUCCCAUACACCACACGCGAUGUGUUUACUAUUGACAAGAUAAACGCCGCUACUGUCCAGGACCAA